AUGCCUGCCCCAACUGCUCUUCUUCAGGAAGCUCAAGGGCUUCCCUCUUCCCCUGCUGUUGCCAUGGAGGACGAUGAAGUCUUGAUUGACGCCCAAGCGACCCCCGAGGUGGACUCUUCCAACGCUGUGGCCGACUCAACCGCCGACAGUGAAAUGCGCAUCGACGAAGAGGGACGCCCUGUCUUCACCCCCGCCAAGGAUACCAACACCGCAUACCGCAUUGAGAACCGCAAGGUCCCCGUUCCUCCUCACCGCAUGACCCCUCUCAAGGCCAACUGGACCAAGAUCUGCCCUCCCAUCGUCGAGCACCUGAAGCUGCAAGUGCGCAUGAACAUCAAGAGCCGAUCCGUCGAGCUGCGAACUUCCAAAUUCACCACCGACACGGGAGCCCUGCAAAAGGGCGCCGACUUCAUCCGCGCCUUCACUUAUGGAUUCGAUAUCGACGACGCUAUCGCUCUGCUCCGUUUGGAUGAUCUCUACAUGGAGACGUUCGAGAUCAAGGAUGUGAAGACGCUUAACGGGGAGCAUUUGGGCCGUGCGAUUGGUCGUAUUGCUGGAAAGGACGGCAAGACCAAGUUUGCUAUUGAGAACGCUAGUCGCACUCGUGUUGUGCUUGCUGACGCGAAAAUUCACAUUCUUGGUGGUUUCAAGAAUAUUCACAUUGCGCGCGAAGCUAUUGUUAGCCUGAUUCUGGGUAGCCCUCCGGGCAAGGUCUAUGGCAACCUUCGGACAGUUGCUUCUCGUAUGAAGGAACGUUUCUGA